CUAGGCACAGAUAUGGUACAAUCCACCCCUCAUCAGAAAAUCUUCACCAAUGGCUUCCCCCUCCCUCUGUCUGGCAAGUACCAUUCACUGCAGAGGGGUUGAUCCCAUCCAUCCACCACAAAUCUAGUGCUCAUUGUGGCAGAAUUGCAGUGCACUGGACUGUACAGAGCAGGGUACCAUACAGGCUGUUGUCUGUGAGGGGUGGGGUCCAGCUACACUGAUACCACCUAACGUAAGCUGACAGAGGGACACAGAGAGGCAGAUAAAGAAAGAAAAAAAGGAGAGAGAAGAGGGGGGAAGAUUGCACCUGAAGAGGAAUAUAAUACGGGAUGAAAGGAGACACCCCAGUGAACAGCACCAUGAGUGUCGGUCAAGCCAGGAAGCUGGUGGAACAACUGAAGAUAGAGGCUAGUUUCUGCAGGAUAAAGGUUUCAAAGGCAGCGGCAGACCUGAUGGCGUACUGCGACGCUCACUCCUGCGACGACCCCCUGAUCAGCCCCGUGCCCACCUCAGAGAACCCCUUCAGGGAGAAGAAAUUCUUCUGCGCUUUGCUUUGAGACCAAUCAGGGAUUGUUGUGAUUAAAAGUACAACUGUACAAUAUGUACAUGUGUAUACAGCGUGUACAUGUACUUCCAAUCUAAAUAAGACACCCAUGUACUAUAGUAACCUUGCAUUAACGCUGCCGAUGUACAGUGCAUAAUCAACCCCAAAAUGUCUAGAACUAAAGUCUUUAACUGCUAACGUAUGACUCAGUGUUAAGAUGAGGAAGGAAGGAAUUUAAAACAAAACCGUAACAUUCAAUCAAUCAGUAGUCAAGAGUUAUCACUAUCAAAAUCAACACUAGAUGUCCAAACACUGCUACCAUCUGGUUGAAAACAUGGACAUUUCAUGCUCAUAUAUAUUACAGGUAACUGCCAAAAAGGAAACACUGAGCAUCAAGUGUCUUCACAGGCUCCACCAGUCACAGGAACACCUGCCACUUUGAACUGGGAGGCUAAAUUCCCACAUUAGGUCGUUGGAUUAUGGUGGUGCUACAUGUCUCGGACGCUGCUCUGAUAGGUCAGCGCUGUUAGUCCUCCCCAUAUAAAUUGUCCAAAAAGACAAAGCCUAUGUUAGGUAAGUAUGCCAUCUCCCAUAACUGACGCCGUUUCCAUUUGGUGAUAGGUGGAGGUAAUACCUUCUUCGGAUUAGAAAUGCUUUAAAUCGUCACACAGAAUGUUUUCUCAGUCAACAUUUUAGAUUGCCCUUUAGAGCUGCAUCCCAUCUCCCGUCAAUAUAUUUUGUAUCCUUCAUUCACCUCGAUGUUUCCUCUGCUUUGGCAGUUACUUGUGUCUACCAACGACAACAGCUGUUUAUGAGUGAGUUUUCAUCAAUGGAUCAAUUUAUUUCAAGGUUUUAUUAAGAUUUUCGUAUUUAGCUCAUUUCUAUACUGUUGCUGUAGUGUGGAUGUGGACGUGUGUGUGUGUGUGUGAGCGCGCGCAUAGGUGCUACUGUGAAACUUAAGCAACAAUUCUGAGCAUCUGAUCGCCGUCAAAUCAAGAUUUUAUAUUUCAAUAGCACACAGACCCAAAAAAAACAUUCCAGGGGUUAUGGACGUUCAAUAUGUGAUCUAAGCCAUUAAAAGCAGAAUCAGCUAAUCGAUUAUUGUGAGUCUGUCACGUGAAAGUAUUUCUCUUUCUUAAAAGCAAAAAGAUAAACACAGCAGUUAUAAUGUACUUUUAAAGACAGGUGUGCAUCGUCAGUUUAACCAAUCAGGUCUGAGAGGUUCUCCAGAGCAGAGGGGGUUUCCAGGAAAUCAAGGAACGCCAUCUACACACUCAUGUGAAAUGAACACAGAUGUGAAUGACUCGGGAAUUCCUAUUUCAGUUAAAAAGGUGCCACUUCCUCCAAGGUUCGUCAUCUACUGUACAGGCCAUGGUUUAGUGCUGUUAAAUCAUAUUCUCAAAACAGAGAAAACUGUUCUUAUUUAGAGUUCCCUCAGACACGAUCACAUCACCUGAGCUCCAUGGCAUCUUCCACAUGGUGAAAAUUUUGGAAACCCCUGCUCUGGGCCAUUUAAUAAAAAAUGAAUCAGUGCAUUUCAAUGUCUUGCAAAUGUCAAAUUUGGAGCUUUGGCAAAAAAAAGUAACCGUGGAAUAAAAACCUCCUGUUAUCAAAAGGG